AUGCGAUGCGCGAGCAAGGCCGCCGAGAGCGCGUCCGCACGUCUCUGUGCGGACGCCGAAGCAGAAACCACAGCAACUGAUGUCUCAUCGGUUGCUGAAGCGACUCAGCCUGUGUCACCUGGUGAUGCAGGCGCUAGUCAUGAAGACACUCAUGUCUUCACAGAGUAUGAGCUUGGUGUCUCAUACUCUUCUGAUACGGAAGACGGAUCCGUAUCGACGGCGAUUGAAUCCAAACCGCCUGCCAAGCGUGGCAUGGAUGAUGCUAUGCGUCGUAGCAUCUUUGGUUCGUCUGACGAAUCAGAUGAACCAUCGCCGAAGCGAAGGCGCUCGAGGUCGCGAGACUCGGGCGCUAACAGUGGUGUCGGUUCUCCUAUUGACACCACUUCGCAACGAGGUGCCAGUCCUUCUGUCGGCACGUCGCAGGAAGAGCGGGACCGCAAUGUCUUGCGUCUCGUUCCUGAGAAGAAGGCAUGA